UGGGUUCACGACAAUGCAGAGCUGAUGGGUGGCGAUCCGUCCAAGAUCACCAUCUUCGGCGAGAGUGCAGGAGCCGUAAGCGUGGGCUACCACCUCCUGUCCCCUCGCUCCAUGCACCUCAUCAACAACGCCAUUAUGAUGAGCGGCUCGCCGACCGUCUCCUGGGGUGUACAGGACAGGGUUUUGGCAAUGGACCGCUCCAAAAAGCUGGCGAGGAGUGUUUCCUGCCCGACGUCAAGCCACGCCGGGAUGAUGGACUGUCUCAGGUCAGCUGACCCACUAGAGCUUGUGACGAAGCAAUGGGACUUGAUCUCUUCCUUCUUUGACGUGCCGAUCGGGCCCGUGGUGGACGGUACUUUCCUCACAGACCAUCCAGCAGAGCUUCUCGCUCGUCGCCAGGUAGAAGUGGUUGUUUGAA